AAAAUAGAGGCUUGAAGGUUGGGAAGGCUAUGUAUCGAGAACUUACUGGGUUAAGGAAACCUGUGUUUGACAAAAGUAACAUCCUUCAUUGGCCUGUUCUUCUUUUGUAUGCAGAAGUUAUGUCUAGUGACUUCAUUGAGGAUUUCUGCGAGACCGACAUGUUUACGGUUCACCUUGAUAUGGUAUUUUCAGAAGAUCAGCCGCUUCCAUGGGAUGUUGAAAACAAUUACAAACGUGAAUUUAUUGAGUUAUACUACGAGGCAAUUGGUUCUGGACCUCGUCUAUCUAAGCAAAAACUCCUUCAUUAUCUAUUAGAGGGAACUCCAGCAACUUCUAGUGGGGAAGUUAUUGGCGAUGAACUCAAAGAUGCAGUUGAGGAUUUUAAGCAAAACAAAAGCUCCCCGAAAUGGAUCAAAGUCAAUGAGAGGAGAACACUCCAUGAUGUUCUGAAAGAGCCCAAUUUCAUCAUUCCUGAGAUCCCAGUCUUCUAUGUUGUUUCUAAGCAAUCCAGCUUUUAUAGCAAAUUCAAAGAUGGAAAGUGGGCUCCUCCAAGUGUAUGAAAGGAAGCAACAAGAAUCUGACAUGUUUUGCAGUAGCUAGAUUCAAGAUUUCUGGCUGUAGUUGUUCUAUCAAAUAUAAUGCUAGAAUUGGAGGAACCUUGCAUGGAUGUA